AAGAAGCUUACUGCUCGCCCUCGACGGGCACCAGCCUGGCAGCACAGACUGCGUCGGCUUCCGCACUUGUUACAUAUUUUCCCCUGUAUGGGGGGCUCUGCAGAGUUCCUGUCCCGCCCUUAGUCUAAAUCCAGCAUACUCCUUAUCCAGAGCGCUGGGAUUUAGAACAGGACUUUCACACACUUGAAGACUGAACCAGCGCUGGUCUUGAUCCGUGACCUCAGAGCACACUUCUGGGUUUAAAAUCCGGGUGAACACCCACUGGGGUGUGUUCUAAGAUUGCCAGAAGCUCUUCCCAGGUCUGUCUCCUGGGAAUACAAAUAGAAGCUUCCGUUUGCCCUUUUUUUCUCCACCGAGAGGCACACUCGCGUUUUCUCUGGACCAAUUCGACCCUCUGUGGAGGAAGAGCUUUGAUCCCGCCGCUGAAGGCAUCUUUCUUUUCAGUCUCCACCCUUCAUUACUCUACCCAAAUGACCUAUCCUUCCCGGCCACCCUAGCGCCCAAGAGUGGAGAGAGGAGUCCUCGCACACUCGCUUUGCAGCGUCUGUCUUCCGCAGAGCCCACGCACUCGGACGCUGUUGGGAGUACGACAUGCUGUUGGGGCAAGAUCUCUAGUGCCAGGCAGUGCUGGUGGCGCUGCUCCGGUGAUAGGGUGACAGCAUCCUUCCUGCCGCCGGCGCCCAUUCCUCCCUCCGCCUCUCACCCCCACUCUCCCGCGCCUAAGAGGACCUCCUCGGGGGACCAGAUUUCCGCGCGGCUGCGACCCCAAGCCUGGCAACAUGUGGAACGCGACCCCCAGCGAGGAGCCGGAGCCUAACGUCACGUUGGACCUGGAUUGGGACGCUUCCCCCGGCAACGACUCACUGCCUGACGAACUGCUGCCGCUGUUCCCCGCUCCGCUGCUGGCAGGCGUCACCGCCACCUGCGUGGCGCUCUUCGUGGUGGGCAUCUCAGGCAACCUGCUCACCAUGCUGGUGGUGUCCCGCUUCCGCGAGCUGCGCACCACCACCAACCUCUACCUGUCCAGCAUGGCCUUCUCGGAUCUGCUCAUCUUCCUGUGCAUGCCGCUGGACCUCGUCCGCCUCUGGCAGUACCGGCCCUGGAACUUCGGCGACCUGCUCUGCAAACUCUUCCAGUUUGUCAGCGAGAGCUGCACCUACGCCACGGUCCUCACCAUCACCGCGCUGAGCGUCGAGCGCUACUUCGCCAUCUGCUUCCCUCUGCGGGCCAAGGUGGUGGUCACUAAGGGCCGCGUGAAGCUGGUCAUCCUUGUCAUCUGGGCCGUGGCUUUCUGCAGCGCGGGGCCCAUCUUCGUGCUGGUGGGCGUGGAGCACGAGAACGGCACAGAUCCCCGGGACACCAACGAAUGCCGCGCCACCGAGUUCGCUGUGCGCUCUGGGCUGCUCACCGUCAUGGUGUGGGUGUCCAGCGUCUUCUUCUUUCUACCGGUCUUCUGCCUCACUGUGCUCUACAGUCUCAUCGGGAGGAAGCUGUGGCGGAGACGCGGAGAUGCAGCGGUGGGCGCCUCGCUCCGGGACCAGAACCACAAGCAGACAGUGAAGAUGCUUGCUGUGGUGGUGUUUGCUUUCAUCCUCUGCUGGCUGCCCUUCCACGUGGGAAGAUACCUCUUUUCCAAGUCCUUCGAGCCUGGCUCUCUGGAGAUCGCUCAGAUCAGCCAGUACUGCAACCUGGUGUCCUUUGUCCUCUUCUACCUCAGCGCUGCCAUCAACCCCAUUCUGUACAACAUCAUGUCCAAGAAGUACCGGGUGGCAGUGUUCAAACUGCUAGGAUUUGAAUCCUUCUCCCAGAGAAAGCUUUCCACUCUGAAGGAUGAGAGUUCCCGGGCCUGGACAAAGUCGAGCAUCAACACAUGACAGCACAUCCCAUCUCUCCGCCAUCGCUCAUUGCUCUACACCCGAAGCCGUAGCCAAGCGGGACUUGGGAGGAGGCAGAACCUCAGUUUGGGGAUUAGAGACAAAUGGGUCUGGAAACAAUUGGGGGUGGGGAGUAGAGCCAGAUGGGCAGGGUCCACGCAGAUUGAUCUGCUUGUGCGCCCACCAGAGCACUCAUGUGCAACCCCUGCACACCCGUGAUUUUAUUAUUGGGGCUACUGGCAGCUUUGCAGCUCAGAGGAAGGAGGGGCGCAGUGCGGGCGACGGCUUUCUGUCCUUCUUGGUGUGUAACACUAAACUCCAUCUGCUUUUCUCAUCAUAAUAGAAAUGAAAUGACAUUACAAACUACAACUUAAGACAUGGCCUUUCAAAGCUAGCAGUCUCCACGAAGCUCCAUCACACGCACCCCAAAGCCCCGUAGCGUAAGGCAUGUACGUAAUGAGUAGACAAUUAUUGAUGAGAAAUCUCCAACAACAUAGUAAUUCUGAAAUCCAGUAUGUUCCCUGUACGUGCAACCCACUUGACGUUGGACAGUCAGCUUCAUUAGUAAUAGUUGAUGCAUUUAAUUUGAGCAUGGAAAAGUAGGUCCAAUGGCUUAAAUUUCAUGAGUACACUUAAAACUUUUUAAGUAACAUAUUUUACAAAGUCUUUGUCCUAAUUCAGAGUUAAAUAAAAUAAACAACUCAGUUCUUCAGUUGUACUAGGUAUAUUUCAGGCAUUCAACAGACAGAUGUGGCUAAUGGUUCUCAUACCAGGCAGGCACUCCAGAGUACAUGCGAAAGAAUUACUAAUCUCAUAUAAAAUGUUUUAAAAUAUGUCCCUGUUCCUCUCAACUGUUUUUUAAUAGUGUAUUAUUUAAGAAUAAUAAAGCCUAAGUCGCGCCUAAAUGCUCUGCCUUCAUGAUGGGAAGAGAGUGGAAUGCAUCUUAAAAUUAAGUUAUACGUUAAAAAAUAUGUUUAAUUGCAUGCAUCGAUUCAGGAAGUGAGAUAUUUUGAAAACCACAGCUAAUCAUAGACUGCCUAUUUUUGUCUUAAUAUGUGAACAGACCACAAGCCUUUAAUUUGUGAAUAAGGUAAUUAUUAUUUCCUCUGGCCAGCUCGUACAACCUAUGGAAUGUCAGAAAGUUUCAAAUGGUAAGGCAGGCUCAGAAUUUUCCAAACAUUUCUGCCUUCCGUCAUUCACAACUUUUUUAAAGGUGUAAUAAUUUAUUUCAACUCAUCUCUGCCACGUCCCAUCUCCAAGAUAGCAUUGCUAUUCGAAUGUCACUACCUAGCUAAGAGACACAGUCAAUGGAGUUCUAGCCUCUUUCACAGUCGUAAUUAUGAAUGUGUACACCUUUCAAUAAAUAUUGUACAUUUGGGUUCUAAAA